AUGGCUACAGAGGCGAAGACCCCGUUGGCUGAACAUCCACUGAUGAGUCCAAGGGCUCAGCUGAAGCCUGAAAAGAAGUUAGGGCACAGCCCAAGGAGCCACGGGCACGGCAGACCACGGAAAGAACUGACGAUCCCAGGGAUCGUGGAUUUCCAGCUGAUCCAAGCGGCGCUGAGGACCCCCAAGCCCCAAAGCCCCGGGGCCUACCGCUUUGGCCGCCUCAGCCACCACUCCUUCUUCUCCCGGCACCACCCCCACCCACAACACGUGACCCACAUCCAAGAUUUCACCGGGAAGCCCGUCUGUGUCGUCAGAGACAAGUUCUCUCUGGCCCCCUUGCCUCAAGCCACACUCUUAUCCCGCUGUCUGAUGGCGAUGCCCACCAUCCCUGUCCCCAUCGGAGACCCGCAGUCCAAUCGGGACCCCUGGCUUCCUUAUGAGGCCUGGAAGAAGGAACUGAAGAACCUGGCUUCUCGGGUGGCCGUCUUCACCGAGAACGAGCUGAAGAGCAAAGAGGAGGAACAGAAGGAGGAGCCUCCACGGGAGCAGGGAGCAAAAUACUCAGCUGAGACCGGCAGGCUCAUCCCCACUGGCACCAGAGCCAUUGGCCACCGUCACUCCCGCCAGGACCCACGGAUUUAUCCCUCUGGUAAAGAUGGAAGAGUCCAGACCUUCAAGCUGCCGGAUCAGGAGCUGCUGAUCCUGGAGCUCCUCUGCCAAAUCCUGCAGACAGACUCCUUGAGCGCUAUCCAGUUCUGGCUACUAUACGCUCCCCCGAAGGAGAAAGAUUUGGCCCUGGGGCUCCUGCAGACAGCGGUGGCGCAGCUCCUUCCUCAGCCCCUAGACUCCAUCCCAGUAGAAAAACUUCUGGAUCAGCUCCAGGAAGGCCAAGAGCCAUCUCAAGAGAGGAAACAGCCACCCUGCAGCCAAUCCUUGAAGAAGACGAAGACACCGCCUCUACCCAAAGGCGACAAACCGGAGUAUGUCGGGAAAGCCCAAGUCCUCCGAAUGCAUUCAAGCCAGAACGCAGCAGAGAAACCGUCAAAGCCAGAGGCAGAAUGCUGA